AUGUUGGCAUCGCGACCCGUAUCCGCUGCCUCGGCAGUCCUCAGAAGCGCCGCUCGUCGUCAGGCCGCUCCGCGAUGGCAGCAGCUUGUCCAGCAUGCGACGCCGCGCGCCACUUCAUCCACCGCCGCACGCCCGGCCGUCGCCAUGGCUGGCCGCAGCGCUGUGCGUCAGAUGCAUUCGACUUCGGUGCGUUGUGCUGAUGCCAGCGCUGGCGCCGACUCGCUCUCCAAGACCGGGCUGUACGAUUUUCACGUGAAGAACGGCGGCAAGAUGGUGCCGUUUGGUGGCUACCUCAUGCCGCUCACGUACGGCGACGUGGGUCAGGUCGCUUCGCAUCACCACGUUCGCACCCACGCCGGCCUCUUCGAUGUCGGCCACAUGGUGCAGCACAAGUUUGAGGGGGCUGGCGCGCUCAAGUUCCUGCAGCACCUCACGCCCGCCUCGAUCGCCUCGAUGCCGGCGUUCAGCUCCACGCUCUCGGUGCUCCUCUCCGAGCAGGGUGGCAUCCUCGACGAUCUGAUCAUCACCAAGCAUGCCGACGACAGCUUCUACGUGGUCACCAACGCCGGCUGCCGCACCGAGGACCUGGCGUGGUUCAAGAAGCAGCUCGACGCAUGGACCGGCGGAGAGGUGCAGCACCAGGUCAUGGACCGCUGGGGCCUGCUCGCCCUCCAAGGCCCUACCGCCGUCCAGGUGCUGUCCAAGCUCGCUGGUAGCUUUGAUCUCAGCACGCUCACCUUUGGCAAGAGCGCCUUUGUGCCGCUCAACAUUGGCGGUGAGAGCGUCGAGUGCCACGUGGCCCGCGCGGGCUACACGGGCGAGGAUGGUUUCGAGAUCUCCAUCCCACCCGCAUCGACAGAGAAGGUGGCCGAGACGCUGCUGGCGGACAGCGAGGUGCAGCUGGCGGGUCUGGCCGCGCGCGACAGCCUGCGACUCGAGGCAGGCAUGUGCCUUUACGGCCACGACCUCGACACCACCGUGAGCCCCAUCGAGGCGGCGCUGGCAUGGUGUGUGGGCAAGGACCGCCGUGCGGACGGCGACUUCCUCGGCGCCGAGCGUGUGCUCAAGGAGCUCAAGGAGGGUCCGCCGCGACGCAGGGUGGGUCUCUUUGUCGACGGCGGCAUUGCUCGCGAGGGCGCCGAGAUCUUUUCGCCCGAAGGCGCCGUGGUUGGCCGCGUCACCUCGGGCAUCCCCAGCCCCACCCUGGGCAAGAACAUCGCCAUGGCGCUCGUCCAGAACGGCCACCACAAAAAGGGCACCAAGCUCAAGGUCGAGAUCCGCAAGAAGCUGCGCGACGCCGAGAUCGCCAAAAUGCCCUUUGUCGAGAGCAAGUUCUUCCGCGGUUGA